UGGAGCUCUUCCGUUUUUUAACUGUACAUCCUUCUUCUGAAAGCCGGUAGCACCAGGUUCUUUCUGUCUCUGACUGUACUAAGUGAACUGAAGGUGUGUGUGUGUGUAUGUGGAUCUGAAUAAGAAAUCCGGUCAGACUGAGAUUGAGAGAUGUCCGCCACUACAACCAGACCAGCAGCGCAGCAGGGAAAGAUGAAGAAGGACGAAUCGUUUUUCGGGAAGCUCGGUGGCACACUGGCUCGCAGGAAGAAAUCAAAAGAGGUGAGUGACCUUCAGGAAGGAGGGAAAUAUGCCAUUAAUGCCCCACUCCUCCCAACCAGUGCAAACCUGCUCCCUGAGGACCUGCUGCUAGAGGAAAGUGCUGAGAGAGUUAUGUUGGAUCCCACCUCCAGAGAGAAUCCCAAAUUUAAAGACCUACAGAAGGUUCUAAUUGAAUGGAUUAAUAAUGAGCUAGAAGAAGAGAGGAUCAUUGUUAAGGAUCUUGAGGAGGAUCUGUAUGAUGGGCAAGUGCUGCAGAAGCUGUUUGAGAAAUUAUCAGGUUAUAAGCUGAAUGUUGCAGAGGUAACCCAGUCAGAGAUCGGUCAGAAACAGAAGCUACAGACUGUACUGGAGGCAGUGAAUGAACAGCUUCGACCUCAGGGAUGGACCAUAGAAUGGGGAGUUGACUCGAUUCACUCAAAGAACCUGGUGGCCAUUGUAUACUUACUGGUGGCUCUGGCCAUGCACUUUCUGGCCCCUAUCAGGCUCCCUGAGCAUGUCUCUGUAAAGGUGGUGGUGGUCAAGAAAAAGGAGGGAAUCUUACAUACAUCUCAUGUAACCAAAGAACUCACAACCACAACGGAGAUGAUGAUGGGAAGAUUUGAGAGGGAUGCCUUUGACACCUUAUUGGACCAUGCACCUGACAAACUCAAUGUUGUCAAAACGUCCCUAAUUACCUUUGUUAAUAAACACCUGAACAAGCUGAAUCUGGAGGUCAAUGAGCUGGAAUCACAGUUUGCAGAUGGUGUGUAUCUGGUGUUGCUGAUGGGCCUGUUGGAGGAUUACUUUGUGCCACUAUACAACUUUUAUCUCACACCAGAGAGCUUUGAACAGAAGGUACACAAUGUAGCAUUUGCAUUUGAGUUAAUGCAGGAUGGAGGACUUAAAAAACCCAAGGCUCGACCAGAAGAUGUGGUGAAUCUGAACCUGAAGGCUACUCUACGAGUCCUCUAUAACCUCUUUACGAACUACAAAAGUGCAGAGUGAUGGAGGAGAGUUUUCUCAGCAGGAGAGUCUUACCCUGUGCCUCACUGGUGCUUACUGUACACUUCAGUUUAAGAAUGCAGCCUUUUGAGUUGCCUGUCGCUUUAAUGCUCUACGGAUCAGAUGCUGCUGUGAUGUCAGAGCAAGUACCCCAAGUAUAGAACCACAAGUAUUAUGCAUAAUUUAUAUAAACAAAGCUCACUGUUGCUUAUGGUGCUGAUUGUUUUAUGACCUGUUUGCACUGUGGAUUAUUUUGAUUAACUUAUUAAUUAAAAUAAAUGUUUGUAAUAUAUUGAA